GACCACAAGGUUAGCAUCAUGCUUCUACCAAAAACCAUUGUUCUACAUUAAGAAGGUUGUUACCAGUUACGAAAUUAGAAAAAAAGAAAAAAAGCCAAUCACACAUAGUUGUUCUGUUGCAUGAAUCAACAGCCUGCUUAAACUAACUGGGAUAAACAGCAAGGAGCAUUAGUAUAUUUCUCCACUUGUUUUAAAUGAAUAUAAGUUUUCUAGUGAAACAAACGUGCUUGCCUUACAAGGGAAGAAAUGACAGAGCACACAGCUAUGGACAGCUUCAUGUUGCCGUGGCAGCAGUGUGAAUUAAACCUGAAACAUCCCAUCCCAAAUAUGAAUGGAGUGCCAAGCACUCCACCCACCUGUCGGCUGAUCUUUGCACUGUGGUUGAGCUGCUUACGGGCCAUAGUAACAGCACAGCUUUGUUUUGGCGUCUGUAAUAUUUCUGUUUGGGAUGUUGUGACAGCACAAGUUUGCAGCAACUGUGUCUUAACAUUAAUUCCUGGAAGGUACCAAUCAUGAUUGUAAAAUGAAGGACAUAAACAGCACAUUAGCUUUAUUCACCUCUUCAUUUCCUUCAUAGCUUUGUGAGCCUGUCAAUGCCCAGAAAGCUUCACCUGCAGCUGGAAGAAGCAGCCUGUCCCAUUGCAAGAAUUCUGUCUAAUAUCUACAGGUACACAGCCUAUCUGCAGAGAUUUGCUGACUCGUUUUGAGGAUACCCAAGAUGAGAGAGGAGACCCAAAAGAAGGGACUCAAGAAGAGCCAGCAGAGUCUUUGUGGACUUCCUUUGCUGAUGGCAGAGUCAGACUGAGAACAGAUAACUCAUGUCCGCAGACUCCCAUAACGGUUCAUCAGAUGUUCAAGGAGAGCCUGGAAAAAUAUGGAUCUCUUAACGCUUUGGCCAGCAGAAAGAACGGAAAGUGGGAGAAGAUAACUUUUUCAGAGUAUUACUGCCUUUCCAGGAAAGCAGCCAAGAGUUUCUUGAAGCUUGGUCUUGAACGAUUUCACAGUGUAGCAAUCCUUGGAUUUAAUUCUCCGGAAUGGUUCAUCUCAGCUGUUGGAGCUGUUUUUGCUGGAGGAAUUGUCACAGGAAUAUAUACAACCAAUUCUCCAGAGGCCUGCCACUACAUUGCUUAUGACAGCAAAACCAACAUCAUGGUUGUGGAAAAUCGGAAACAACUGGACAAGAUAAUGCAGAUCUGGAAUCGUUUGCCACACUUGAAAGCUGUUGUGCUGUACAAGGACUCCAUUCCAGAAAGAUGUCCAAAUCUGUAUACGAUGGAAGAGUUUCUGGACUUGGGAGAUGACAUAUCUGAUGCUACUUUGGAUGAUAUUAUUAACUCCCAAAAGCCAAAUCAAUGUUGUGUACUAAUAUAUACGUCCGGAACAACUGGGAAGCCAAAAGGAGCCAUGUUGAGUCAUGACAACAUAACUUGGACAUCAGCACAUUGCAGCAGAGCAGGAGAUAUGCAACCUGCAGAGGUCCAACAAGAGUCCAUAGUCAGUUAUCUUCCACUCAGCCACAUAGCUGCACAGAUAUAUGACCUGUGGACUGGAAUCAAAUGGGGAGAACAAGUUUACUUUGCUGAGCCAGAUGCUCUGAAGGGCAACUUGAUCAACACACUAAAAGAAGUGCGGCCAACAUCUCACAUGGGAGUUCCCAGAGUAUGGGAGAAAAUCAUGGAGAAGUUGAAGGAUGCUUCUGCUCAGUCAGGAUUUCUGAAGAGGAAAAUGCUGUCAUGGGCUAUGUCAGUCAGCUUAGAGAGAAACCUGAACUGCUCAAGCAGCAGUGACCUAAAGCAGUUUUGGACAAGGUUAGCAGACUACUUGGUGCUUGCCAAAAUACGCAAUGCUCUGGGUUUUUCUUGCUGUCAGAAGCACUUUUGUGGUGCUGCUCCACUCAAUACAGAAACACUGUAUUUUUUCUUGGGUCUGAACAUCACCUUAUACGAGGCCUAUGGAAUGAGUGAGACCACAGGCCCACAUUGCCUGUCUGGACCAUAUAAUUACAGGCAGCACAGCUGUGGCAAACCGGUACCUGGCUGCAGAGUGAAAUUGGUGAAUGAAGACACAGAAGGCAAUGGAGAAAUCUGUUUCUGGGGAAGGACUGUUUUCAUGGGUUAUUUAAAUAUGGAAGACAAAACAAAAGAAGCGUUUGAUGAGGAUGGGUGGCUGCAUUCUGGAGAUUUAGGAAAACUAGAUGAGGAUGGCUUUCUCUAUGUCACUGGAAGAAUUAAAGAUUUGAUUAUUACAGCUGGAGGUGAAAAUGUGCCUCCAGUUCCAAUUGAAGAUGCUGUGAAAAAAGAACUCCCAAUUGUUAGUAAUGCCAUGGUGAUUGGAGACAAAAAGAAGUUUUUGUCCAUGUUAUUGACCCUAAAGAGUGUGCUGGACCCAGAUACAUCAGAUCCCACUGACCUCCUCACUGAGGAAGCUAGGGAUUUCUGCCAGAAGACUGGUAGUAAAGCCACUAAAGUAUCAGAGAUAGUAGCUACAAGGGAUCAGGCAAUCUACCAGGCCAUUCAGGAGGGAAUCAACAAAGUCAACGUGAAUGCUACAAAUAGGGUUCAUUGUAUUCAAAAAUGGAUAGUUCUGCCAAGAGAUUUUUCCAUUUCUGGGGGAGAACUAGGUCCGACAAUGAAGUUAAAACGGCUCACUGUGCUUGAGAAAUACAGAAAAGAAGUAGACUCCUUCUAUCAAGAGUAAGAAGUCUUUCAUCCAAGUAUUAAGGAAGAUCUGUGAGCUAAAGUAUUUUCUAAUCAUAAGUAUUAAGGAAAACUUGUUUGUUUUUGUUAUGUAGUCUAGUUUCACUAGAAAACUGCUGUAUUUAGUUACUCCUGAUACUCACCUGAUAGUUUGUCCUGUUCGUAUAGAAGCAUUUACAGUGUGUCCUUUUUCUAAUACAGCUUUUACUUUAUGCCCUAAAUGAACAAGAUUAAAGACAUCCUCAUGUUAUGUAUGAAGUGGGUAAUUCCUCUAGACUGAAACAAGGAAAAUCAUUAUGCAGUGAUUUACCUUUUGUUGUUGUGCAGGAGGUUGCCUGUAGCUCAUGCUUUAUUUUAGUAGAUCAGUAGUGUUAAGCAAAACUCUUACACUAUUCCAGGGAUAGAUGAUUAUUAAAAAAAAAAAUAAAAAUCAAAAGGCCUCUUUUUUCCUUCCAAGGGAGAAGUGUAUUUUCACUAGCAUACCAUUUUGGAGCCUAAGCACCACUUCUAUAAUGGCUAGACUUCAGUGAGACUUUUCUGAAAGCAGCAGGUCAUCACUUCUUAAAUCCAUGUUGAAAUAAGCUUUAUUUCCCCUAAAAACAAGCAAUCCAAGAAGUUGGGGGAAUAGCAUCCUAAGAGUGAAAGACAAAAUAUAGGAGCUCUCACAUAAAAAUAAGUUUGUGUUCUAAAUUGUACUUUGAAGAGUUUACAGGACUUUUUAAAGCAAAAAUGUUUAGAAGGAAAAUUCAUCUCUGUUACAACAGUACCAUCUUGUUUCAAUAUUCAUGUUGUAAUAAUGCUAACAUGGGAACUGUAUUUCUUCUUCCCCUUAUAAAAUAUAAAUCCCAUCAUGUGAAGUGCUAAAUGGUUGGGUAGUAAGUAAUAUUUAGCAGAGUUAGAAUGGCUAAUAAGCAGGGAGACUACAGUUCUUGAUUUAAAAACCAAAA